UUUUCAAUAUAUGUUUUCUUAACUUCUUAUAGUUUUAGGUUGUUGGGGUCCAUUUGUUGUUCAUAUCCCGUUCAAUGUUGGAUUGGUUUCGCCUAUUCAAUGUGAUUACUGCAGAGGGGGGAGGUGCAAAGUCGGUCAUGUCAUGGGUUUGUCAUGUCAUAUGAUGUGGGUCCAUUGUGGUGGAAAGGGAGCAGUCAUGGAUCUUAGAAUUUAGGGCACUUGGAAAAGCUUAGUUCAAUCGGGACGUCUCGUGAUUUCAAGUAACUUGAAACAUACGCCUCGUGUUGGUUUUCUUUUUUUUUUCGACAUCGUUUAGUUCGUGUGAUUUUUGUGUCUCUCUAACCCUCAAGGAUUGUGAGCACUCGAUAUCGUAGAGUGUUUCAAGAAUUGCAAACUUACUGUUGUCUGAAGGUGUGUGUACGCUGGGCACACCUAAAGGAAGAUCCGAAAGUUUCGAGGAGUGGUGAACUGAUUGAGAAACUUGCAACAUGGCAUCCAGGAAGAAGGUGCUUUUGAAAGUUAUUAUAUUGGGAGACAGUGGUGUUGGCAAGACCUCGUUAAUGAACCAGUAUGUAGCCAAGAAGUUCAGCAACCAGUACAAGGCCACCAUCGGGGCGGACUUCCUCACCAAGGAAGUGAUGGUGGACGACAGAUUAGUCACCAUGCAGAUUUGGGAUACUGCGGGCCAGGAGAGGUUCCAGUCUCUGGGCGUGGCGUUCUACCGCGGUGCAGACUGCUGCGUGCUGGUGUUUGACGUGACCAUGCCCAACACGUUCCGCUCGCUGGACAGCUGGCGCGACGAGUUCCUCAUCCAGGCCUCGCCGAGGGACCCCGAGAACUUCCCCUUCGUCGUCAUCGGCAACAAAAUUGACCUGGAGAACAGAGCGGUGUCUGCGAGACGAUCCCAGGGCUGGUGCCACAGCAAGGGCGACAUCCCGUACUUCGAGACGUCCGCCAAGGAGGCCAUCAACGUGGAACAGGCCUUCCAGACGGUGGCCAAGAACGCGCUGGCCCAGGAGACGGACGUGGAGCUGUGCAGCCAGUUCCCCGACCCCAUCAAGUUGAAGGACGAGCAGGCCAAGCCCAGAGAAGGAUGUUCAUGUUAGAGCUUGAUUAGACUUGUGGGUGGGGGGG